AUGGCCAACGGUAUACCCAAUGUCUGGACGCAGAUGAACUAUGUUCCUCCACGCGGCCCAUGCAAUCACAAACUAUCCGUACUCUCACCGAAAUGUCCAUGUCUGCGCUUUAUGCUACAUCCGCUAAAGUCCUCAUCUUCUUACGAAUGCGACGGUUGCGCCCACCACGCCUCCUUCCACAGCAUGGAGAACAAAUACGAAGACGAGGUUCGCAAGCGCUGGGCUCAAGAAGCCAAGGAUACAGCUGAGCGCGAGGAAGAGGUGCAGCAGCGGCCAAAGAAGCGCGUACGAGCUAUCGAGUACAGCUAUAGCAACAAUGCGCUCCACGAGAAUGAGCUAGAAGAGCCUGCGACGGGUAAUAGUAGAGGUGCGGCGAAGGGCAGGGGUGCAGCGGCGAAGAAGAGGGUUGCAAGCACCAGGGCGAAGACUAGGAUCACAGGAAUCGUCGAGGAUGAAGAUGGCAGGUUCAUUGAGCUUGACUGA